GCUACAGAUCUGCAGAGUCAGUGUGAACCAAAACCAACAACACUGAGUGAAAGACAAUCUUCAUGAAAGACUUUCUUUUUCAGUGCUGAAAUGCGUUGUGGCUGAAAGGCGUCGAGGCAGACCAACAGAUCUAGUUUGAAGCUAGGCAUCUUCGAGCUUCGCGGCUAGCCUUGUUGCGGAGUCGAGUUCAUUUUUUCUGAUAAAAUUUUGAAUUGAGAUUGGCUUUUCUUGUCAUCAAUUCUUGUCACAAUGAGCGGAUACGGCGUGCUGGAGUCCGAAACUACUAGUACCUCGGCGAGAAAAUGGGUCACUGUGAAACGGUUCGUCAGGAAGCAGAUCCUGCUGAUUCUGACGAUUCUGGGCGUUUUCCUGGGCAUUGGUUUUGGAGUGCUUGCCAACCAUUAUAGCCCCAACCAAGUUGCCGUGACUCUGAUCUAUUACCCCGGCGAGAUCUUCCUGCGUAUGCUGCAGAUGCUCAUCUUGCCUCUGAUCGUAGCUAGCUUGGUGUCCGGUGUUGCCUCGCUGGAUGCCCGUGCCUCCGGCAAGCUGGGCAGGCGAGCAGUCGUCUACUACAUGGCUACCACGUUCAGUGCAGUGGUGCUGGGAAUUGUGCUGGUGGUCACCAUACGGCCAGGAUCGACAGGCUCCGACGGCUGCAAUAAUGAUCAUGAUGCUGGGGAGGUCGUGGAGGAUGUCAGCACCAUGGAUACGUUCCUGGACUUGAUCCGGAACAUGUUCCCGGACAAUCUUGUUAGAUCUUGCUUUCAACAGGUGCAUUCCAAGCACGACCUGCUGAUCCGCAACUGCACCAACUUCACCGCCGACAGCAACACGACGACGGGCAACGCGUCGGCACUGUGCCCUCAGACCCGGCACCCUGCCGUCGCCGCCGGCACCCUGAUGGUGCCACCGCCGCUGGUGCACGGCGACGGCAUGAACAUCCUGGGCCUGAUCGUGUUCAGCAUUGCGCUCGGUAUCGUCCUGUCCGGCAUGGGCGAGCAGGGCAAGCCGCUCGUGGCCGUCUUUGACGCGCUCAACGAGGCCACCAUGCGCCUGGUAGGGAUAGUCAUGUGGUACUCUCCUGUCGGUAUCAUGUUCUUGAUCAUGGGAAAGAUCGCUAGCCAGGAAGACAUCGCCGAGUUGAUUGGAAAGCUUGGUCUGUACUGUGCCACGGUUCUGGUAGGCCUCACAAUUCACUCGCUCUUGAUCCUGCCACUGAUCGCCUUCUUGUUCCUGCGGAAAAACCCGUACCUGAUGAUCGGCUCGGUUUCUCAAGCUCUGGCGACGGCUUUCGGUACCUCGUCCAGCUCCGCCACCUUGCCAAUCACCAUCCGUUGCCUGGAGGACAACCUGAAGAUUGAUAAGCGAGUGACUCGUUUCGUUCUACCAAUAGGCGCUACCAUCAACAUGGAUGGAACUGCCCUAUAUGAGGCUGUAGCGGCCCUGUUCAUUGCGCAGUACACGUGUACACCACUGAAUUUUGGGCACAUCGUGGCUGUCAGCAUCACAGCAACGGCUGCAUCCAUCGGCGCUGCGGGCAUCCCCAAUGCCGGUCUGUUCACAAUGGUCAUUGUCCUGUCGGCUGUUGGUCUGCCGCCGGACAUGGCCAGUCUGGUCUUCGCUGUGGACUGGCUGCUGGAUCGGUUCCGCACCAUGGUGAAUGUCCUCGGCGACUCGUACGGGGCGGCCAUUGUGGCGCAUCUGUCGCGGCACGACCUCACCAAGACUGCACCGAUACCGUCCUCGUCCACGUUGGAAGGGCAGACCGCUGCCACGACGACGACAUUUUCGACCUCGUCUGAAACAACCAGCAGCUCGGCUGACAAGACGACUACGGAGGUCACCGAAGGAGACGCUCUCUUACCACAUCAGUAAGUUCCUAGUUACUAGUACCGGCCAGAACUGCUACGACCCUUACACAAUAUUUCGUUGAACGUUUUCUACUUCUUUUUAUUAUUUCUCCAGCAUAACUAACAACCUUUAACAUAGAUGUAUACCGCUCCGUUUCAUUAGGUAUCCACGAAAUCCUAUAUUUACAAACAGCAGGCCUGAAUUGUGGAUCAUUGAUUUCGUUUUAGCAUGAAAUACCCACAGGGUACACGUCACAGUAAAAGAAUACAUUAGAAACAUGAAUAUUUUAUACUGCGUGAAGUGCAUUGAGAAAUUUCCGAGUUUCCUCCGCUUCCUUUGAUUUAUUUCGAGCCAGAUGAUUUCAGUUCACUUCACCCUUCCGUAUUAAUUCAUUAUUUUAGAGACUUUCCUAUAUACAGCACUGCAUAGGGAGUCUUGCAGAUUGCCAAUCCUGGCGCUUUCUUCUAUUUCUGAACUUUGAGCUAUAUUCUUUUUUUUCCUCCAAAAACAACUCGGUCAAUAUUAUGACUUUAACCCCAGAAGCGAUUGA